UUGAUUAUUAAUUUUGGAAAUGGUGAACUGUUCCCAAUUUAGUCUAAAUCAUUUUUGUUUUGAUGAAAGCUUUUCAAAACAGAAUUUUAAUAUGACCUUCCUGUCACAUUCCGAGGGUAAACUAGCUGAAUGUAAACAAAAGAUGCCGUCAAUCAAGCUACAGAGUUCGGAUGGAGAAAUAUUUGAAGUUGAUGUGGAGAUCGCUAAACAGUCAGUCACCAUCAAAACUAUGUUAGAAGAUCUUGGAAUGGACGAAGACGAAGAAGAACCUGUACCUUUACCAAAUGUUAAUGCUGCCAUAUUAAAAAAAGUUAUACAGUGGUGUACAUACCAUAAAGAUGAUCCUCCACCACCCGAAGAUGAUGAAAAUAAAGAAAAACGAACAGAUGACAUUUGUUCUUGGGAUGCAGAAUUUCUUAAAGUUGAUCAAGGAACACUUUUUGAACUUAUAUUAGCUGCUAAUUAUCUGGAUAUUAAAGGUUUAUUAGAUGUUACAUGUAAAACAGUAGCUAAUAUGAUCAAAGGAAAAUCACCUGAAGAGAUUCGUAAAACUUUUAAUAUCAAAAAUGAUUUUACUCCAGCAGAAGAAGAACAGGUUCGAAAAGAGAAUGAAUGGUGUGAAGAGAAAUGAUCUUAUUUCUUCCAUAUAAACUUGUAUUAUAUUAAUGAGAGAACUGUGUAUCUUAAUGAUCAAGAUGUUUUCCAAUGUGAAUGAUUAUCCAGUAUCAAAAUCACAGAUUGAUCAGCAGACACAUAACUCUUUGUAUUUAUUAUUCAUUGUGACAAUUAUUGACAGUGUGACUGUUUCCUCCCUGGCUUGAUGUUUUAGUGAAUCAAUGAUCUCUCCAUUACUAACUACUUUUAAAAAAACAUUCAAACUUUUAAAAUUUUCCAAUCCAAAUAUGACAAAUGUAUUAUUUUUCUUGUGCAAGUUUGUGAGACUCAUUGAAUGAGGAAUUAAACAAGAUUAACAUUUUAAACUAUCAGAUCAGUAAGAGCAGAGCUAUUGAAAAUAAUAAAAGUAUAUUUUUCCUCUUUUGUGAAGAUAGAUUCUAUAUCUAUGCUGAAACUGUACAGUUUUUUAGUAAUCAAAUUGAAAGUCAGAUCUUUAUAUUAAUGGCAUUCUCAACUCGCACAGUAGUUGUUUACGUUGAUGUAUUUAAUUUUUAGUCAUUUUAUAUUUGUAAAUUACUUCAAAUUAUACAGAAUUUGUUAAAAUGGUUCAACAAAUAAAAAGAAAUGUUUUAGGGUUUUUUUUAAUCAGU